GCGCACCGGCAGGGACUCCUGGAGCCGCGGCCGCGAUGGGCACGCUGACAGCCCUGUGUGGGGUGGUCCUGCUGGGCGUGCUGGGCCAGGGUCUGCGCUGUGGCCAGGGCUGUGGUCAGGGCUGCUUCCCGAGAGGGGCCGACACCGACCUGCGCUGCUGCCGCUCCUGCUCGCCCGAACGGGAGGUCUGUCCCGAGGGGGACUGUGAGUGUGUGCAGCCGGAAUUCCACUGUGAAGACCCCGAGUGCAGCACCUGCAAGCACCACCCGUGCCCACCUGGCCAAGAGGCUCGGCCUCAGGGGACUUUCAAGUUUGGCUUUGAGUGCAUUGACUGUGCUGCGGGCACCUUCUCUGCAGGCCGUGAGGGCCGCUGCAGGCCCUGGGCAGACUGCGCGGAGUCUGGCUUCACUACCGCGUUCCCUGGGAACAAGACCCACAAUGCCGUGUGUGUGCCGGGACCGCCGCCGGCUGAGUCGCGGGGCCAGCUGGUCGUCAUCUUCGCGGUGGCCGUCUGUGUCCUGCUCCUCAACACAGCCCAGCUCAGCCUGCACGUCUGGCAGCUGCAGGGGCAGCGCACGCGGACCCGAGAGACCCAGCCCCUCCUGGAGGUACCACUGCCACCGGCGGCGGAGGAUGCCUACAGCUGCCAGUUCCCUGAGGAGGAGCGAGGAGAGCGGCUGGAGGAGAAGGGCCCCCUGGGGGCCGGCUGGGUGUGAGGGCCGGCGGCCCCAUGCCCCACACCGCCUGCCUGGCUGACCUCUGGGAGCGGGGGCUCUGCUCCCUGUCUUGCUUUGGGCCCAGCCCUGCCCCCCGUGUCGGGGAGUGGGUAUGGGAUUCUGACAGUGACGCGUCCCAAGACCAUGGAGGGGUGCAGUGGGCGUGGCCGGGCUUAUGGACCAGGCAGACAGCGAAGGCUGAGCUUCCUUAGUGGAUCCCUGGGCUCCUGUGCGGUGCAGUGCUCAGCACCGGCGGUUUUC